AUGUCACAAAAUGGGCGGAAUAUUAGAAUUUCAUUUCUAUCGUCCCUCGGAUUUCAAAAUAUAAAAGAAAUCGUCGAAAGCCAAUUAAGGCCAAAUAUAAUAGGCAUGAAAAAAAACGACAACUUUUACCCCAGACUUUUUAAAUACCAACUUACCAGUCACUUUUUCCCUCCAGAUGUCGAACAUUUAAAGAGGAUUUCACUUUCCUAUGGUAUCCUUCUGACACAUCGAAAAAUUUUGUGGAAAGUGUUUUUAGGUCUUUGGUGUCCUUAUAGAGUUACAUGGGAAUUUUUGGACCAGCAGAGAAACAUUAAGUACUCAGAGCUAAAACGAACUGCAAUUCUGUUGAUGGAAGACACCAACAUCGACAAAUCCUUCGAAUCAUUUUCCAAUCAAAACCUGGGUCAUCAAAUCUCGAUUUUUAAUGACAUGUACAAAAUUCAGCAUGCUAAGCUAAAAACAAACUUUUUCGACUCAAGCGAGUUCUGCUUGGGACAAAAAUGCUUUGAUAUGAUAUUCGAAGUUUUCUACCAAAUCCCAUUUGAAACAGCAGCAGACCGUUACGAUUGCCUUGUAAACUUCUUACAUAUUUUUCGCUCAUCUCCUAAUAUCAGUUCUUCUGAAGGCGUCAAAACAGUUAUACCACAAAUUCUGAAAAAAUCCCAGGUGCUUAUAAAAAAAAAAGAUAUAAUACUGUUUCAGCAUCUUAAGGCCAUAAAUUCUCGAUGUAUAGAACAAGCAGCUAAAAAAUGGCUGAGCACUUUCUUUGUAACUUGUUUUUCGGAUAUUAUUUUUGUAUGGGAUAGAUUUAUAGCAUCAUCUAUCAUUCACUUCUGUUCAUGCCUGAUAUAUUGUAUCAUCGUCUUGGAAUGUAGAUCCACAUUGCUCGAAAUAACGGAUUAUGCAGCCAUCGAAAGUUUCCUUUUAACUUGGAAAUCUCCGGAGUCAUCAAAGAAAAUAUUACCAAAAACACUAAAAUUGUACAAUGAAGUUACGAAUAAUAUACUAGAUUUUGAAGAAAACCGUGCAGUCGAUAAGAAAAGGUAAUAGUAUGACACUAGACAAUAAAACGAGUUUUUUAUUUGAAAUAUUGAACAAGCUCAGAAAAAACUGGAGGACACAUCUCCAUUAAUUAUUAUCUAUUAAAGAAGAAUAUAAAAAUGGCACGAAUCAAUAUGACAUCAAGGACUGAAAAAAAAUCAGGGCGGUAUAUGCUAAAGAUCUACCAAACCUUAUCCAAAGAUAUAAUUGGCAUUUUGAAAGAUUAUGUACAUAAAAAAACUUGCGGCCCAAACUAUACGAAAUUUCUUAAUUGAGGGCAAAAAAAAAUUAGCCGUUAUUAUUAUUCAUAUCAAUUUCAAUAUCUGUUCAACUAAUGGCGUCAAAACUUUACAGAAAACGCAACCGAAAGCGCAAAUUGAAGUUUAUGCAAGGGAAUAAAGAGAAGGAAAUCUGUGAAGUAACAAUUUCGCCUGAACAAAUAUACACCUCUACAAACUUGAUUAAAUCUUGUGGUAUUUAUCUUCUCAACACACUUAUUAUACUCUUAAAUAAAAUUUUCUCUAUACUAAUUUUUCUCUCGCAAAUAUUAAUUACACCCUUGGUAUUGUUAACAAAGGCAGAAUUUAAAUUUGUCGAAUUGACUCCAGAACCAGAAGAUCAAUGUAUUCAACUCUCUAAAAAAAUUACUGACCUAGAAAUAGAGCUCAGACAUAUUCGAGCUGAUGUCAGCUUGUCACUAAAGCUUCUACAGAAGCAUAUAUUCAAUAUCAACGAAAACAAACUUGUAUCAGGCUCUUCUGUGUGCGAUAUCUACGUACCAAGACCUCCUCCUCUCCCAUACAAUAACUCACAGAAGCACAAUAAGCCUACAGCGAUUAACAAUCCUGAUCAACCUGUGUAUAGCGCCAGCAAAACAGUUAAAAAAAAUGAGCAGCUCAAGAAAACUGGAAUUGAAAUUAAUUUGGCUGAACUUUUACUCGUAUCAAGCCAACUAAGAAGAACUAAACUGCCUAAAAGUGAAGUUGAAACAGUUAUAUAAUUAUUACCUUGAAGCAUGCCCUAUAUAUGACAUCAAGUGAAUUAUAUUUUUGAAAGUAACAAGGUUUUUGCAUGCCAAAACAAGAAUGAAUUUAUUAUAGAAGUACCUCUAAAUUUUGAGCUGAGCUUCUGGUAAUGCAUUAUGUAAAUAUUGCAAAAAUACUCACAUUUAUUAUCCAAGUAACACGACAGACAGUGGAAACAGUAAAUCUUGCUUCAUACGUCCAAAAAAGGUUAGGUUACCAAAAAAAUACAAGGCAAUAUAUAUAAAUUUUCUUGAUGAAAAUUUAAGUCCAAAACAGAAAACUCGGAUUGAUUUAUGUUGACAUGUACUACUUUCCCUUUUUUAUCACGAUGGUCGAUCAAAACUAAUGUUGAUAUCUAAAUUUUUCCUGUGCGGAUCAGUUUCAUCUAAGCAUUGAAGACGAAUACUAUUCAUUACAGCCGAGGCUGCUUCUAAUCGAGACGAGAAAGACAGGGCUUGCGCCUUUUGUAUACUUGGAGUUAAUUCAUGACAGCUCACCGUGUUCAGUUCACGUAAUAAGCCGUUAGUUUUUGAUGUAAGCUCAUCUAUUUGAAAUUUUACAUCAGCAGUUGAAGAAUUGUCUGUCUCUAAUUGCCCGCCGGUGAUUUGAUCAGUACAAGUAUCUUCGAAUACAAUGUCUUCGUAUUCAUUAUGAUCAGCUUCAUCUCCAGAACCAGACGGAAAUAUUGGUCCCUCAGUAUCUAGAUUUCCUGAAUUUUCAGCUGAAUAAAGAGGAUUAAAUUUGGCCAAUAAUUCUCGAUCUAAGUCUAAGACAGAGUACUUUUCUGACCUAAGAAUUGAUUCAGAAUCAUUCAGGACAAGCCGACAUCGAUGGAAUAGCGUUCUCAGAUAAUUUAGAUGUUGACGACUGCUCAAAGGAGGGUUGCUUGAAGGCCCUUCAGAUGAUGACACAAUGUGAAAUGUAACGUUUCUUUUUUUCAAUGAAGCAAUUGCCAGUGUAAGCGGUUUGUGAAAAGACAUUUUUUUAUGCCAGGCCAUAAGACUUGAAGCCAUCGUACCAGCCAAGAUCCUUGCAUAUUUGUUCUCAGAUUUAAGUUUUGUUUGCAAAGUUUGGAGAUAAGGUAUGAUGUCACAAAUAGUAUUCAUAUUAGAACACUCAAGUAUGAAUUCUCUGACAAGAUGGCUGUGCCUGAACAAAUGAUCGAGCAGUUUCCAGGAUAAAAGAUAUUUUGUAUAUGCUAAAGAAA